ACAGAACUAGCCUGGCUGAUGCGACUCACAGGGAGAGAGAGCCGUGACACACUGGUCUGGACAAGAGGCCGUUGGAAAUGCAGUAUUUGCGCAGAGCUAUAUCUCACUACACCCCCAUAUGCCAUGUCUUGAAAUAUGCAGGCAGAUGGAUUAAAGGAACAGCAUUGACCAGCAUUGACCUGAGCUCAUCUCUGGUGUGGCACACAGACACCGUGGAAACAUGACCCUUGCAGCAUACAGAGAGAAGGUCAAAGAGCUCCCCCUGGUGUCUCUUUUCUGCUCUUGCAUCAACCCUCAGACCAUCGACUGUAAGCCCACAUACAAAGCAGAAGAUGCGGUGGACCUGGGCUGGUGUGUGAUAAAGGACGUGGAGGUGAUAGAGUUGAACAAGCGUGCGUCAGGCCAGGCCUUCGAGGUCAUCCUGAAGCCCCCGUCAUUUGAUGGCGUCCCAGAGCUCAACGCUACCAUGCCCCAACGCAGAGAACUCUCCAUGGAGGAGAUCCAGAAGAAACUAGAGGCUGCAGAGGAGAGGAGGAAGUGCCAGGAGGCUGAGCUGCUGAAGCACCUGGCAGAGAAGAGAGAGCACGAGAGAGAGGUGAUCCAGAAGGCCUUUGAGGAGAACAACAACUUCAUCAAGAACGCCAAGGAGAAGCUGGAGCAGAAGAUGGAGGCCAACAAGGAGAACAGAGAGGCUCUGCUGGCGGCCAUGUUGGAACGACUGCAGGAGAAGGACAAACAUGCAGAAGAGGUGAGGAAAAAGGUACUAGCUUUGGCAGAUGCGGUGGAUCUGGACUGGUGUGUGAUAAAGGACGUGGAGGUGAUAGAGUUGAACAAGCGUGCGUCGGGCCAGGCCUUCGAGGUCAUCCUGAAGCCCCCGUCGUUCGAUGGCGUCCCAGAGCUCAACGCUACCAUGCCCCAACGCAGAGAACUCUCCAUGGAGGAGAUCCAGAAGAAACUAGAGGCUGCAGAGGAGAGGAGGAAGUGCCAGGAGGCUGAGCUGCUGAAGCACCUGGCAGAGAAGAGAGAGCACGAGAGAGAGGUGAUCCAGAAGGCCUUUGUGGAGAACAACAACUUCAUCAAGAACGCCAAGGAGAAGCUGGAGCAGAAGAUGGAGGCCAACAAGGAGAACAGAGAGGCUCUGCUGGCGGCCAUGUUGGAACGACUGCAGGAGAAGAAUAAACACGGAGAAGACGUGAGGAAGAACAAAGAACUGAAGGAGGCAGCGAGGGAGAGAGAACCGAGCAGUGGUUUUGUGAGUCAAUAAAAAAAAGAGAGAUCAAUACAAUGAGAGAAAAGAAAACUAAAAUAACCUUGAACCUUGAACCCAGGAGUUAAUGUAUGCAGCAACGAUUUGGACCAAGCGCACAAAACUAAAACAGGGAUUCAAGGUAAACAUAAAACAAAAAUGUAGUGGUGAAAAUACAAGAGAGAAGGAGAUGUGUCUGGCUGGCAAUGUAAAGGUGCACCAGAGUGGGAGGAAGGGAGAGAGUGGAUCUGGGUGUGAGGGGAUGUUGUGAUGAUGAUGAUGAUGUUAAUUAUGUGGGAACAGAGAGAAUGAAGCUGGUGUUUGUGGUGAAACACAGUGGAGUGGUAGGUUAUCAAUAUGUGGUGCCGGAGUCAGCGCCAAAACAUACAGUAUCACACCCUAAAAGCCCACUAUCCCAGAGCGGACUGAACACACCCUAAGAGCCCACUAUCCCAGAGCGGACUGAACAUACCCUAAGAGCCCACUAUCCCAGAGCGGACUGAACACACCCUAAGAGCCCACUAUCCCAGAGCGGACUGAACACACCCUAAGAGCCCACUAUCCCAGAGCGGACUGAAGACACCCUAAGAGCCCACUAUCCCAGAGCGGACUGAAGACACCCUAAGAGCCCACUAUCCCAGAGCGGACUGAACACACCCUAAGAGCCCACUAUCCCAGAGCGGACUGAACACACCCUAAGAGCCCACUAUCCCAGAGCGGACUGAACACACCCUAAGAGCCCACUAUCCCAGAGCGGACUGAACACACCCUAAGAGCCCACUAUCCCAGAGCUGACUCAACAACAUCUACGCUCAAACACACACUCUGUAUCUCACUUGCAGGCGCUUACACAUCAAAAUGAUUUAUACUGUGAUACAUUUUCCCUAUACCUUUAACGGGAUGCUGUAACCAGAUCGUGCACGUCAUUCUCCCAUGUUUACCAGGGAACGCUAUGAAUGAUAAAAUAAUUUGUGACUGUCAGAUUCAAGAUUGGAUUGUGUCAUUGGAAAAAAAGUUAAAGCUGUCUCAAGUACUCUCAAGUAACUAUCAACUUCGGUCAUUAGCUGAUAGAAGAUUGACUUCAUACAUUUAGCUAGACUUAGAGCAUAGCAUGCACUCUGUUUAAUUUAUAUAUGUUAACUUUUCUAAGCACAACUCAGGAGCAAAUGUACCUACAGUGCCUUCAGAAAGGAUUCAUACCCCUUGACUUAUUACACAUUUAGUUAUGUUCUGUCCUAAAUUCAAAAUUGAUUAAGUAUUUGUUUUUCUUCUCCCAUCUCCCCAUUAUGACAAAGUAAAAACAUGUUUUUAUAAUUUUUUUUGCAAAUGUAUUGAAAAUUAAAAUGCAUAAAUAUC